GCUGGCGUCUACCGCUCACGCGUGGUGGCACUGCUGUGCUGCGCUCAGGACUGGGCGGACUGCCAGUGCGGAUUCAGCCUUCUUGGCGGGGUGCUGUCUGGCCCCGCCGUCGGCGCCUGCGCAGCUCUGAAGAUGCUCGUCAGGUACCUUCGAGGGGCCAGGGGCGCGGUGAAUUGGCUUCCGAAGCCGACGGAGGUCACCGACGUUGAGCUGGCGGGUUAUGGCGACAGCGACUGGGCAGGCGAUCUCGGCGAUCUGCUCACGAGGCGGUCACAAUCAAGUGGCAAGGUCGAGGUCGACGGAGUUCCGAUGCAUUCUUUCAGCAGGACAUUCUCUUUUUUCCAGUCGCUGCUGGAGUUCAUGCGCUUCGCAGUGGCGGCUACGCUACUCGCGGAUUUGUCGGCGGCCCGAGGGGUUGCCCGACGCGAAGGAGUUGGCAGAGCCAGGGGUCUGGAGGCGCGAGUGUUCUGGCUCCAGCAGACAAUCAAGCGCGAGCUGAUCGACAUCGGGACCGUCAGGACGGACGACGACAAGGCAGACCUGGGCGCGAAGAUUCUCGGACACGACCUGCUCGGGAAGCCCAGGGCUCUGAGCGGCAUCUACGCGGACAUGGGCCAGGUCGUGGCGAAUAACGAACAG